UGGGUGUCUAUGCCCCUCGCUGUUGUUUCCUCCUCCUACAGUUAAUCCGCUCAAAAAGUUUGAAGUGUAGUUCGUUUGCUGAAAGUUUGUGGUAAUGUAUGGGCUAGUAUACAACACCGGAGGUUCCAAGACACUACGGUAUUUCCGAGUGCGGUACUCCCAUAAUAAAAGUUUAAGUAAAAUGAUUAAAAGACUCAUGGGUGUCUACGCAAGACGAUUUAUCAUCUCACUGAGAUCCAACAUGUGCUAUAACGGGAAAUGUAUGCAUUGCAUCGACGUCGAGACGGGGUCUCUGAUUUUUGCGAUUAUAAGCGUUGUGCUAACUGGUCUGGGGAUCCUGGUCACGAUUGGUGCACUGGUAUAUGUGAACGUCAUGAUAGCGGCCGCGUCACACGCGGAGGCUGACCCCGACUCCAUAAGGAUGGCGAUCGCGGCAUCCUUCACGGCUAACGUCACGCUUGGCGUCUUGCUGUGCCUCAUUGUCGUGCCAUUCGCCUUCACCAUCGUGCUGAUUAAAGGACUCGUGCAGAAAAAAGCAGCCUACGUGAAGAUAUAUUUCAUCUACGCUGUUAUCUGCAAGUCGCUGGCCCUGGUUGGAGCAGUAGUCGGUAUGGCAUCCGGCAGAUACUCCCCACUGCACGCAAUCACUGUUCUUGCUGUCAUCGCGAUCUACGUGCUGAUCUUGAGGAUGAUCUAUUUAACCUACAAGAAACUGGAAGUGGACGCCCAGUUCGAUAGAACCAAGCUUGUCGAGCAGAAAUACUAAGUGUACCCUUUCCAAGAGGUUAUCUGUCGAGCGAGCGCCAAAAGUUUUUGAGUUUCGAAUCAAUCGUAGGAUUAAUUCCCAACAAAGCAUCCGUACUCAGUGUCUUGACUGAAGUUAGGUGGCCUUAGUACAUGAUUUUCUUGCUCACAAUCAAGGAGUCGUUUUUGCAUAAUAAACUCUAUACCGUGAAAGAAAUAUGGGUCUUAAUUGAAUCAUUUUAAAAUCCUGCACUUCUAAUUUCAUUUUCGUUAUGGCAAAAGCUAAAAAUUGUAAAUUUUCGACUUUAAUUUUAUUUGAAUAAGAUCCAUUUUACUACGAUGCCUAAUUAAAUUGAUACUCGAAAACGACUUCUCGAUUGCAAGCGAACAAUUCAUGUGCUAUAGUUACCUUUGCUCAGCCAUAGUUUCUCUGAGAUUACUCCUGUAAGUUUCACUUAAGUUAGUCAAUUACGGAAGUCACUUACGACUUAUUUACU